AAAAAGAAAAAUUGAACACCGUUGCGAGAGAGACAAGAACCAGCUCCUUACCACCUCUCCAUUUGCUGAGUUUCUGCAUCGUCAAGGCUCCAGGAACCUUCAAGAAAGGGUGCCGCAGACUGUACAGCAUCCAGCUCCUCCACCGAGGUGAUGCAUCGUUCGACUCCAUCUCCCCUCCUCCCCCUCCUCCUCUCCUCUCUCCUCUCCCUCCAUCACCUCACGAGUGCUGGAGGCAGCGGCUCUCCAGACGAUUUCAACCUUGCAUGUAUCACUGCUGUUGCCAGUUUUCCUGAAAGACAAGACACUGUUGCCUUCCUUGAUGCCUAUGACAGUAGCUCGGACACAAUGACUGUGUUUCAAGUUGGGUGGAUGUGGAUCGAUAAUGGAGUCUGCGAUAACUCCUUGAUUAUCUGCAGCAAUUUUAGUAGUGCCGAUAGUAACCAAUUGCAAAUACAAUCAUUCAGCUUUUCCCCCGGACAAAACGAUCCCGUCCAUGUCGAAACGUCGUUUAUGUGCGAGAUGUGUCCAGCCUGCGUCCUGAGAAUUGAUGUGUUUAGUGACUCUACCACCAUUGAGACUGUGAAUAUUAAUUGCGAUGGUUCCGCACAAACUAAUGAUCUAACACAGAACGAAGAUUUUGUUAGAGUUCAAUACAGUGUUACUUUUGACAACUCAUCUACGGCGACGCAGUGCGUGACUAUCGACAGCUACAGGAUAUGGCAGUACCAGGAUUGCCCUGCCACCGUUUUCCAACUGGCAAACUAUCAGCAGACCGACCCGGGCAUAGGUCCAGUUGACUCCACUGGGUGUGUGGCUAAUGCACAGUCGGACGGUACAGCUAGAGCGGGCUGCUCUGGUGAUUCUGUGUGGGGCACUGUUGUCGGUGAUUCAGCUCCGUGUAAUUGCUUGGCCGGGUUCACUCCUAACAACGAUCUGACUGCUUGUGAAGCGUGUGGUGCUGGUUUGUUCAAGGCGACAGUGGGAAACGAACAAUGUGAGCCUUGUACCAAUGGCCAGGUCCCUAACUCUGGCAGGACUGGUUGCGGGUGUGCACCUGGCUACACUGGACCUUCGUGUGGCGAAUGUGUUGAAAACUUCUUCAUGACAUCGGGAGGUGCGUGUGAUCCGUGUCCAUCAGGAAGUGUUCGAGAGGUUGGACACGAAAUGACGUCCUGUACCUGCACGGGGAACCUUGUCAAUGACGAAUCGAGUCCUACCACCAUCUGCUCAAUGUGUGCAACUGGUUACUACAGAGAAUCCUCCAAAAGCCCAAGUGAACCUUGCAACUUGUGCAACACCAGUUAUUUCAGGGUAGAGGAGGAGUGUCGGCCAUGUCCAGGAGGAAGCAGUAGAGACAUUGAUGAUCCAGAGGGUUCCUGUACCUGUAACUCAGCUCUGGUCACCAGUGGUGGGAGUAUGUCCACCUCCGAUGGUCCUUGUAACAACUGUCCAAAGGACAUGUUACUGUACAAUGGAGACUGUGUCAUGUGUCCUGACUUCAGUGGCAGAGAGCUCUCCAGUCCUCCAGGUGUCUGUGAGUGUGAGACUAACGCAGCGACUCCUGUGAAUGGUGCCACUUCCACCAGUGACCCAAACGGAGGCUGUACAGCUUGUAUCGGAGGAUUCUCUAGACCUUCUGCUGGAGAUUCUUGCCAAGGUUUGCUCACUUACACAAUCUUUAUAGUUAGACUGAAAUCUACCAUGCAUUAUAAACCCGAGGGACCUUGAAUUGUAGUGUUCCGAGUGCGUGUAGACGGACAAGAUGCCUAACCUACUAGUACGACGCACACUUGUUUUAAUGCAUGUGCGGGUUGCGCGGGGAAACGUAGCUAUUUACAAAUAGUUUAUACGCAGUUAGCCAGAUGGUU